AUGGCCAUCUAUACCCUCAUCCUGGCUCCGCUGCUGGCGCACCCCAUCCUCACUUUGAUCCUGCUUCCCAUCAGCCUCCUCGUCCUUUGCUCGCUAUACCGCGUCUCUUCCUUCCACCCGCUCUCCCACGUUCCAGGUCCUCUGAUCGCACGUCUAUCCUCCUUGUGGUUGACCUAUCACGCCUGGAUUGGUGACGAGGCCACUCUAACCAAGUCUCUCCACGAGAAAUACGGUCCGAUAGUCAGAACCGGGCCCAACAGUGUUGAUAUCGACGAUGGAGCUGCUUUGGCCGCCAUCUACACCGAAAAAGGUGGAUUUGUGAAGCCACAGUUCUAUGCCAACUUCGACAUCGAUGGUCACCAAUCCAUCUUCUCCGAAACGGAUCCUCUCAGACGCGCCCCACGGGCAAAAGCCGUCGCCGUGCUCUUCUCGACCACGAGCCUCCGACAAGGCCAGGACAUCAUCUACAAAUGUGUCGAUCGACUCGUGGCACGAUUGUCGGAAGGAAAGAAAGCAGACAAGAGAGGCAAACCGUUGAAUUUGCUGAACUUGACGCGAGGCCUGGCCGUCGACGCGGUUACAUCCUAUCUUUUGGGGAACACAUACGGUGCUCUCGACGAAAAUGGCGUACGGGAGGAAAGGAUAGCCGUCAAGAAGGAAGUCGCAGGAGCGCCUACAAUGGACGAGCACGAGCAAGGAAUGAGUGCCAGUGGUAUGGUGGAUUGCUUUGUUGCUGUUGGACGGUUCUGGUAUCUGCCAAUUUGGGCGUUUAAAUGGGUGGAACGAUUUGAUGCCUGGUGGAAUGCCGCAGAUGAAGUGACGCGCAGUCUGGCUCGGGUCGACGACUAUGUGACGAGCGUGGUCAGUGAUGCCGAAGCCGCCAUCGCCGCAUCCAAGACCAAAGGAGAAAAGUCCACGUCUCACCCGUUGACAUCUUACCCGGCACGACUGCUACAAGCGGGCUUCACAGCAGCCGAGACACGCGCUCAGUGCAAGGAUCUCAUGUUCGCCGGCACCGACAGCACUGGCAUGAACCUUGCAACCAUUCUGCAUCGGCUUGCCCUGAACCCUGAAUACUACCAGCGCACACGGGAAGAGGUCCUCGCGGCCAACCCGGGUUUCGAUGAUCUCCAAUCACUACCCUAUCUUCGCGGCGUGGUCAAGGAAGGACUUCGUUUGUCUAUGGCCAACCCGUCGCGUCUCCCUCGUGUGGUCCCCGCUUCCGGUUGGACGUUCAAAGGGACGUACUUCCCUCCCGGCACCGUCGUCGGCUGCUCACCACUUGUUCUUCAUCUGAAUCCGGAGGUGUUCCAGGAUCCGCAUGCAUUCAAGCCCGAAAGAUGGUUCGAGCCAUCUGAAGAGAUGCUGCGGGAUGCAAUCCCCUUCGGCCUUGGCGCCCGACAGUGCAUUGCACGGAAUUUGGCGACCGUCGAGCUCUUCUGUGCGGUAGAAAGGGUGGUACGAGCUGAUGUGCUCAAGGGGGUGAAGGCGGUCAAAGACAAGGUUGAAAUUCUUGAGUGGUUCAACAGCAAAGUUGUUGGGGAGAGGAUUGACUUGGUUUGGGAGUGA